UGUGGGACCCCUGUGCACCGUCGGGUUGUGGGGGGCUCGGGGGCCCAGGAGGGGCAGUGGCCCUGGCAGGUCAGUUUGGCCUUCAGGGGCCGCCACGUCUGCGGGGGGGCCCUGAUCACCCCGGCCUGGAUCAUCACUGCUGCACACUGCUUCCCACCUGAGAACCCGGUGUCCGAGUACCGGGUGUCCCUGGGGGUCCUACAGCUCCUGUCCCCUCCCGCCGAGGCUCAGGUGAGGGGCGUGGCCUCCGUGCGGCUCCACCCCUCCUAUCGCCACUAUCGCGACAGCGCCGGCGACAGCGAUGACGUCAGCGGCGACCUGGCCCUGGCCCGGCUCCACCCCCCCGCGACCCCCUCCCGGCUCGUGAGACCCGUUUGUGUCCCCGGACCCGGGGUCACCUUCAAACCCGGGACCAACUGCACCGUCACCGGAUGGGGACAUGUCAGAACUGCCG